AUGCUCAGCAGCACGCGAACGAUUGUGGUCGUCGCCGUCGCUGCCAUCGUACUUCCAAUCACAUUUCGCGUCCUGGCAUCGCAUAUUGCUCUUAUUAUCUUUUCCCCAAUUCUGCUACUGCUUCUAGUUCUCUCCUUCAUUGCCUGUAACAUCUACGUCGGCUACAUCCUCGAUACCCAACGGAAGAAGACACAGAAUCGACUGCAGCAAGCAGCCAGACCGUUUUCCUUUUCCACCCCUGCGGCAUGGCAAGCGGUACUCACCAGGUCACAGUGGUCGCAAAGGUCCCAGCAAGUAUAUCCACCACUCCUAAGAGACUCUCCAGAAAUAUCCGCAGCUCUUGAAGAUAUCAUUUCCAAGAUUAUUCGCGACUUUGUCCAGUCCUGGUACAGCAGUAUCUCGGACUCCCAGUCUUUCCCGAAUGCUGUGAAUUCGACUAUUCACUCUGCACUGGAGGCAUUGUUGGACAGAGCAGCGGCCGUUGACCUCCCCGCGCUGAUUGUACGCCGCAUCAUCCCAAAGAUCACAACUCACAUCGAGCAUUUUCGUCAAUCCGAAGUUGCAUUACGUGGAGCAGGACUCGAACGACGGUUCACACAAUCAGAAGAACUCGACUUACUUCUCGCCGGGCGCUACGCGAACAAAGGCUCCGGCAAGCUACAUCCAGCUAUCGAGAACCUAUCCAGUACCUUCACUAAACAAACAGAAGAGAUGCAUCUGCGACGUCUUGUGGAGAAGGCGCUGCCUCACCUCUUGCCCGAGAGCGCAAGCAAAAGCAGGGCCGUCACAAUGGUUAUUCGAGAGAUAGUCUCCUGUUCCGUAUUAUUUCCAGUUAUGGAUAUGAUCACGGAUCCCGACUUCUGGAAUCGGUCGAUAGACCAAAUUGCAGGAGCCGCCAUCCACCAACAGCGAUUAAUUUCGAAGAUUCGAAAUGUUUUGGAGGCGCAAUCUCCGCGAGCGUUGAGCCGAGUCCAACCCACUGCUCCAGUCAAUACUUCGAUGCCGGAACGAAUAACCAUUCGCACCGAUGCUCGGCAGUUUGAGUCCUUCCUGCGCAGUAUCAGCCGGUGCUCGUCCUUGCUUGACGCUCGAAGAUUGAAGAAUGAUAUUGUCGGCGAAAUCCGUCGAACACGGAUGUCCUUAGCGAAUCACGAGAAAGACGACUGGAUCAAUGGAGAGAAAACAGAGGAUGUUGUUGCUUUUCUGGACCGCCUGUACACCGCGAAACGCAAGGUGGAGGAGCGAAUCGUAGUCCUUGGUGGCGGUGGAAAAGACCACUCUCGACAAUUGACCACGAUCCCAGAUUCGACGAAGCCCAGAGUUUCCCUCCGUGACAUUCUCCGGAAUCCCGAUUCUUUAUCCUAUUUCAUGGAAUUCAUGGAUCGGCGAAACCGGUCUUUGCCCGUCCAAUUCUGGCUCACAGUCGAGAGUUUCAAGAAUCCGCUUGAAUCCGUGGAAUCCGAUUCUUCCGGAGACGAGGAAGAGAUCAUCCAGGACCCGGAGACGUUUGUAAAUGUCAAGGAAGACAUUUCAAUGAUCCACGACCUCUACUUCGCCGGCCCUUCGGUCUCCGAGGCGCUCUCUUCGAUAUCCCGCAAGCACAUUGACAACAUCCGCAACUUCAUUCUUGAAUCCGAUCCUUCUCCUGUAACUCAACGCAAGGUUCGCCGAAGUGUUCUCCUUGCCCAGCGGCAGGUGGAAAAGGACAUGGUUGAACAGGACUUCGAAGAAUUCGAAAGGUCAGAGCUCUGGUUCCGGGCUGUAGCCGAUGCCGGUUUUUCUAGCCAGGAUAAGGAACCAGACCAUUUCGAAAGCUCUGGAGCUUCAGGCGAUUCGGACGGUCGCGUCUCACUGGCUUCUGUGACCGGAAUGCCUCCCAAAGUUCCACUUCAACCCCGAGCGUCAAAGAAUGAUCUCACCAUAUCACAUCCUGUACAGCGGCAGGUUAGUACCGGCUCUUCUCGUUCACUGCCAACCCAGUCCAAUAUCGAGGUCCUCAUGUCCCCCAUCCUUGACAACUCUCCUGAUGACUCGCGGACACCACUUUUCAACGACCCAGAGGAUGCUGCUCAGCGAGAGGAACAAAAACGCAUGGAGGCGAUCCAUGCGGCUCUCACAGACAUUAUGGCCCUCGAGCAGGAGCGCAAGGAAACGCCUCGAAAUGAUUCACCGCCUCUGUUCGGUAACCCGUCUCCAGCUCCCAGCCUUCGGAAGAAUCGCACCAGGGAAAGGAUGUUUGAUGACGUCCCAGUGGACCAUGAAGAAGAUGAGGCAGAGUACGGCGAAGGGGAGGAAGGGGAAGGAACCACCGAAUCCCGACGCUUCCAGCUGGCAGCACCAGGAGACUUGCAAUUGUCGUAUGAAAUUGCUCGUUUGGCGGACAAGAUUACCAACCUCAAAGCGCAGGAGGAGAUGUUGGACACCUUGAUCAAGAAGGCCGAAUUGACGGGCGAUAACCAAGAGCUCAUGCUAUUGAAGAAGUCGAAGAAUGCGAUGAACAGGGAUCUCCGAGAAUUGGAGUUCCAGAAGCAACAAUACGAGCAACAAGAGUCCGCAAACAAGCUGAUCUCGGAGCGCACACGGGUGUCUAUUGCGAGUUCAACUGUGGCGGAGGAAGAUGGCAAGUCUGUUGUUCGGUAUCUCAUUGAAAUCCAGCAGUUGGCCAUGGAUGGGAGCUUCUCGUCGGGGUGGGUUGUCGCAAGGAGAUAUAACGAGUUCCUCAAUAUGCACAACAAGCUACGGGAGCGAUAUGUGCUCGUCAAAGGCCUUGAUUUCCCUGGCAAGCGUCUUGUCCCUAACCUAUCCAACAGUUUCCUGGAUAAUCGGAAACAAGCGCUCGAGAAGUAUCUUCAGGCAGUCUGCGAGAGUGCAGAAUUGCGUGCUUUCCUGUCUCGAGAUUCUCCCUUUACCGCCUCAGGACCCGACACCCUCACCACCUCCAAGACUGCCAGCACCUUUUCGGGAACCGACCUCGUUCGCAACGUAUAUCGCUCAGUGGCUGAAAGCAUCGACGACAUGUUCUUUGGCCCAUCCAUGCUCGACGUCAUGAUCCAACGUUUGACAAGGCAAGCCGCCGAGUUUGCUGGCAUCGUUGGUUCAGGCGUGAAUGAUGAAGAACUAGUUGCGCAAGCGCUCAAUGCAGCAGGCAAAUCCGCCCCAGAAACCACGCUACUCCAACUCUCUGGCGACCUCAAGCCACUCGAAGGGGAAAGCAGUACCUCUCUCUUCUCGGCUCCCAUUUGUGAUCUUGUAUUGGCGGUCUUCGAACUCAAUAAGCAAAACAAUUGGCUUCGCAAACAGGCCAUUGUCAUCAUUUUGCAACAGUUACUUGGAGGAACGAUCGAGAGGAAGGUUCGCGAGACGGUUAAGGAUGCUCUCAAUGAUGCUCGAAUCAUGAGAUACCUCGAUAUCUUCCGCGACAGCAUGUGGCCCGGUGGUAAACUCAGAGGGCCUAGCGUUCCCCGAACGACAGAGGAAAAGAUCAGGACCAGGGAUGAAGCCAACAGGAAAUUAUCUGCCCUUGUACCCGAUCUGGCCGCUAAUAUGAUCGGAAGGUCUAAUGCGCGCCGAGGAGCACGACGAAUGUUCGCCGUGCUGCAGAAUCGACGUCUCAAUCAACAUAUUGCCUAUACUAUUGUUGACGAGGUAGGUCAACGUCCACUCAUUUUUGAGUCUGCACUGACUCUGCCGCCAGGUCUUCGAAGCCAUGUUCCCCGAAUGCGCAUCGGGGUAAUCACUGGGCCUAACAGACUAGUCAACCUCUCGACCUACGUGACAUGGACACCACUGUGGUCACUUACAUCGACGAGCAUGGCUUCCUCGACCACAGGUUGCACCUCAUCCGCUUCGACCUUUUCUUCCAAACCAUUUCCCGACACGACCACGACACUUGGAUCGGACUCAUAA